AUGUGGUUUCAACUAGCUGGUAGCAAAGCAUUGGAUAUUGGACUAAUGUCUAUGUUUGACCUUGAUAUUUUUCGAGUUUUUUCGAGAUACUGCGUAACCAUGCAUAAAUUUACUUUUCGUUUUCCGUCAAGAUUCCAACGAUAUUUCAAUGGUCCUAAAAAACUAAUGUUCGUUACAAAUGUCCCUAAGAAGGCGUUUAAAUUUAGACCAAUUUGGGCGACAUGUGGCCUUUUUAGUGCAUAUUUCGGCUUUUUAUUCCUUACGGACACAGAAGAUACACCAGAAUACUAUCCGCGUUAUUUCAGCGCAACUAUCCUACGAUAUUUCCCGUUGAAUGGUCUAUCUAAAGCUUGGGGUCGAAUUGCUCAAUGUUAUAUUCCAGAGCCAUUAAGACCUAUUGUCUAUCAUUCAUAUGCUAAAUUUUUCCAAUGUGAUUUAAGUGAAGUGGAAAAUCCUAAUUUAACAAGUUAUUCAUGUUUAUCAGAAUUUUUUAUACGUAAAAUUUCUGCAGAGAAAAGACCUAUCCACCAAACAGCAACCUUAGUUAGUCCUGUCGACGGUAAAAUACUCCAUUGUGGUGUAAUUGAUCCCCGUAGACCAGUGCUAGAACAAAUCAAAGGUGUCCAUUAUUCACUUGAUGAAUUUCUUGGCCCAAUCGUCCAGUUGAAUAAUUCUAACCCACAGAAGACGGAUAGUACACUUUACCAAUGUGUUAUAUAUCUGGCUCCUGGUGAUUAUCAUCGUUUUCAUAGUCCUGUUGAUUGGAUGCCUACAGUUAGACGACAUUUUCCAGGUAGAUUGCUUUCAGUUCGUCCUAAUCUAGCUGGACGCUUACCCGGCUUAUACGCAAUCAAUGAACGUGUAGUUUAUCUCGGUGAAUGGAAUCACGGUUUAAUGUCAUUCACAGCUGUUGGUGCAUUCGGUGUUGGAAAUAUUCGUGUCAACAUCGAUCCUACAUUGAGUACAAAUAAAAAGCAGGAUAAUCCACUGCGUUAUCGUUUCACAAAUCUUGUGAGCAGAACAAUAAACCAAGAAUAUAAUCCACCAUAUUUAGAGGCAAUAUUUACAAAUAAUAAUAAUGAUAACAAUGAUAAUAAUAAUAGUAAUAGUGUGAAAUUGAAUAAAGGCGAUGAGCUAGGUCAUUUCUGUUUAGGUUCUACAGUUGUCUUAAUAUUUGAAGCGCCUAAAAAUCAAUUGAAAUGGUGUGUCACACCUGGUCAACGAAUUAAACUUGGCGAACCAAUCAUUAUGGAUUGUUAAAAUAAAAUUCAACAUCUGCUGUGGAGAAUAUUAACUUUGACUAGUGUGCUGGUUCUCCUCUUCCCCUUUUUCCCAUUGUACAGUUAAUACCUUUAAAUUAUUUUUUUAAAUUUUCUUCUAGAGAAUAUAUGCAUUACUAACAUUUUUUGCUAUAGUUUGAUAGGAUACCUUGUGAUCAGAAUUGACAAUUUGACAGCUGAAACAGUGACUCCCUCUACACUUUUUAUUAUCUAACUAUCGACCUUGUAAAUAAAACUUUGC